AUGUCUACUAGAAAGGUGAAUGUGUCUAUGCAUCAACGAUUGCAAGUUCUGGAAGAUUUAAAAACGUUAUCCGUUGCAAACAUUGCUGUAAAGCAUUACGUGCAUCCGAUAACAAUUCGUCGGAUAAAAAGGAAUGCUGUACGUAUUGAAGAAUUUGCAUCAAAAACUAAAGGACUGCGGCAAAGACAAAGAGUGAGAAAACCGAUGUAUGAAGAAUUGGAGCAUCGUUUGUUCACUUGGUUUACGGAAAGGAGAACGCUUGGAGAGUUCUUGACCGAUGCUGUGUUAUUAGAAAAGGCUGAAGAAUUGAAGCAGGACAUGGCAUCAUCUACAAACUUUAAAGUCAGCAAAUCAUGGCUUGCUAACUUUAAACGGCGGCAUAAUAUUCGCUUGAUUAAAGCGUAUGGAGAAAAGGCCAGCGUCGAUGAAGAUGUAGCCAAGAGUUUUGUUCAAGAGUUGAAACAUUUUAUUGAAGACAAUGAUAUUAAUCUGAAGAAUAUUUAUAAUAUGGAUGAAAGCGGGCUGUUUUGGAAAGCCUUUCCUACCAAGAUAUUAGCAGUUGAAAAAAGUGUUAGUGGUUAUAAAAUGCGAAAAGAUCGCGUAACGAUAGGUUUGCGUGCCAACAUCACUGGAGGUAAUAAAAUCAUGCCCUUGGUGAUAUAG